AUGGCGACUAAGCUGCUGGUGAUUGUCGGGCCUACGGGGGUGGGGAAGAGCGCGUUGGCGAUGCGAUUGGCGCGGGAAUUUGACGGCGAGAUCAUCGGGGCGGACAGCCGGCAGGUCUAUCGGCACAUGAGCAUCGGCACGGCAAAGCCAUCGGACGCCGAUCGCGCCGAGAUUCCGCAUCAUUUGGUUGACUCCAUCGAACCAGACGAGCGGUACUCGCUUGCGCUGUUUCUGCGCGACGCCAAACAAGCAUACAUAACGCAAAAAAAUGCGCGGACGCCUGCCCCUGGUGGUAGGGGGGACCGGGCAGUAUGUGUGGGGGUUGCUUGA